AUGUUCUUCGAGUGGGGGUUUGCUCAGCUGCGUCUUGAUUGUCCUUUGACCCCUGAGGAGUAUUACUAUGACAAGAAAGUGGAAGAAAUCCUAUACCCCAAAUACAAAUCGAAUGCCCGGUUUUUGUUCCCAAAUGCUGCCCGAGUUGAAAUCCUAGAACACGCAGUUCGCAAACGUCACCCUCUUUGGCUAUCUGAGGAUUUAAAACGACACGAGCUCAAGACAAACCAACCGAGUGAUUAUGUGCACAUUGAUAUGACGGCCUCAUCGGCUGCAAAAUGCAGUAUGAAGCAGUUCAACAUCCACCCGAAGAGUUGUUCAAGAUUCGUCGUUGUAAAGUACUUCUGUCCAGAUUCCCAAAAACAGCGUGUCCAAGAGCUUACUCUGCAUUUCACCAGCCUAUGGAAGCCAAUAAGAGGGCCAGUAUACGACUUUCCGCUCACGCUUUGCGACCGCCGUACAGUAGACUACGCAUCGCAGGCCACUGCAAUGGAUAUCGUUACUCGUGAUUACGUGAACGAAAAUGCUCGAAUAUACUUUGACGAGAUUUCUGCGGCUCGGCUGAAGAUAAAAUGGGGACUGGGUGGGUGA